AUGUUCCUGGGGUAUUUGCAAGCAGCAUUAUUUGCAAACAUGAACCAUAAAGCAGGACUAGCAGCGUGGAGAUGGUUAUUUGUCUUUGACGGAAUUAUUGGAAUUCCUGUAGCAAUUUACGGAUUUCUUGCUGUACCAGAUACACCAGACGAUAGCAGGGCAUUCUGGUUAAAUCCACAGGAAAAAGCUAAAUGUGUCGAAAGAAUGAAAAGUGUGAAAAGAGCCUCCUACAAAAAUCUCAAUCUUGAAACAAUAAAGAACAUUGUAUCUCUGUGGCCCUUGUACCUUUUCACUGCUGUUGUUGUAUUUCAUGAAAUUUCGAUCAACUUGUCCACAUUUUUGAAUUUGUGGCUCAAGUCAAUCUCAAGAUAUUCUCAUAAUGUUCGGUUAUUGAAUAUCAUUCCUACUGCUUCUUACGCACUUCAGAUAGUGGUUAUGAUAAUUUUUUCUAUUUCCUCAGAUCUAACGGGAAAAAGAUUACCAUUCACACUAGGAUAUGCUUUCUUUGGAUUUCUAGGAUCUUUGAUCCUACUAAUAUGUGAAAAACUGACAGUGAAAAAUACCAAAGCUGAAUUCGCAGGAUGGUUCAUUCUUUCCGCCGAAAUGGGUUUUGUAACUUUGGUUCUAACUUGGCUCAACGAAGUGAUUAGCGAAUCAGCCGAGCAGAGAACUAUCGUAAUUGGUGUUACCCAAGCAGUUGGGUUUGCUUUUCAAGCCUGGGUCGCAUUAUUGAUCUAUCCAGCUAGCGAGGCACCUCAUUAUAAAAACGGGUACCAGUGUGCCAUGGCAUUUUUUGCCGUGGAGGCUUUUUUGUGUGUUUGUAUCUGGUACGUGCUUAAAUUGGAUAAGAAAGGGAAACUCAAACAUUUACAAAUCAAAACUCAGUGUGACAAUUAG